AUGCCGGAGCGCGCGCUGCCGUCUCUGCGGCGGAGGUCCUACCACCUCCAUCCCGUGUCGCCGUCGGCGCCGCCGCCGAAAGCCAGUCGACACCGAAAGCCAGACUUCCGACGAGACGUGGCCGCGUCGGCGCUACCCGUGCCAACCGACGAUGCUCACUUUCGCAUGCACAUUCCCCGGGAAGGCUCCAACCGCUCGAUCAACGACAUGAUAAUGCUUGACGACGAUUUGUGCAUGGAGCCGCCGCGAGAUCACUUUUUGGCGACGCCGCGCGUGCCCGAGGAGCUCCAGGUGCUCAAAUCGAUUCAGAGCCGCGUCGACUCGGCCAUGCAGAGCUACGACGAGGCGAUGAACCGACCGGUGAUCGAGUAUGACAACAACCCGGACGAGUACAUGCCCGUGACGUGGAAGGUCGGCGAGAUCCUCAUGGCGACGCAUGAAGCCAUGACGAUGAUGUCGGGCUUUAGCGAGCGGCCUUAUAUGCACGACUUGGACGAAGCGCGGGUGCUCAUGUCCCGCGACGCGAACGAUGUCGUGGGCGAGCUCGCAAACGAGUGCGCGCCCGGCAUUCGGCGCAUCAAAAACGUUUUCCAGCAGACGAUUUCGCUGCUUCAGAGCAUGCGUGCAUCGCCCAACGCGCCGUCCAAGCACAGCGCGUUCUCGGAAGACCUCCACAAGCUCAUCGACCGCCUCCAAAAUGAAAAAGCCAUCCUGCUUGGUCAACUGAACGAGACGGCAAGCAUGUACACGUCGGUGACUGACACAAUCAAAGCCAAAGACGAUGAAGUGAAAGGAAUCGCAGACAGCCUUCAAGCCAAGACCGAAGAGCUUGCCAAGCUGCGCCAAGAGCUCUUUAUCAAGCAGUCGGAAGUCACCAAGAAGCUCGAGAAUGACAAGGCGGCGGCGCAGUGGAAGGACAAGUACAUGGCCCUGAGCAAGCAGCACCAGGCGCUCGAGUUGCGGGAGAAAGACACAAGCGCCAACCUCGUCAAGACACAGCAGGCGCUUCGCGGCGCGACCGAGACAAGCUUGCUCAUUCAGAAGGAGCUCGACGACGUCCAAGCGCAGCGUGUGCUGGAGAAAAGUGCGAUGCGCGAGCUCCAGGCGCAGUUGAGCGAACGGCCCAGUCGCCCGAGCGCUUCGAACCCAGGCGUGUGCGCAGACAUGGCUACCGAAUACGAGUAUGAAAUCAAGGAGCUUAAAGCCAAAGUGUCGGCACUGAAAGACGAGCUCCACCAGAGCCAACUCGACCACAAGGCGGCGCUCGAGCGACAGCAAAAGGAAUUUCGAAACCACUUCGAGCUCCAAAAAGGCGAGCACGGGUUCAGCACCGCACACGAUGAGAUUGAUACCUCCCGAUUGUUUCUGACGCAGCCGCGGGUGCUUGUGCUCGAGCCGCCGCGCCCCGAGACGGCCGAGUUCGCCCUUGCCGCACUUCAAGAAAUCGACGACGACGACGCCGAUGACAAUGAUGAAAAUGCCAUUGAGCUCGACGACACUUCGUCGCUCGCCACGCUCGAGGAGAGCAGUCCACGGCGCUCGGUCUUGCUGAACCGGCGCAGAACAGCACUCGCGUCGCAAAAAACUCACAUUGAAACGCAAGUCGACGGCUUUAUCAACGAGGUGUUUGUGGCGCCCGCGACCACGCCGCAUGCGCUGCCCGAGAUCCAACCGGUAGCCACCGAGGCCUCGGACGACAUGCUGCGCAACUUGUCGACGGUGUCGGGCCUCAGCAUCGUCACCGAACUCCAAAUGCAGCUCGAAAUGGACAAGCAGCGUGCGCAAAAGCAGUACGUCGAGGCGUUGGCGCAAUUUCGGACCGAUAUGGCGGCCCGCUACGAGGAGACGACGGCAAAUCUCGUGGGCCGCCACAAGCUCGAGACGCAGCAAAUGGCAGCGACGAUCCAAGCCAAGUACCACAGCCUCGUGGAAGAAAAGGACGCGCAGCUCGCAAAGGCCCAAGCCGCGCUUCGGCUUUUCUACAAAAGCAUCAACACGUCGUCGGCUUCGACGUACGAGCCGGACGAGCGACGGCGCAGUGCGCUGCAGUACCAGCGCACGCUCAAAGCUGUGGCGCGCUCGUCGUAUCUCAUGCUCGCGACGCAAAACGAAGAAACCCAGCGGCAACACCACAACGACAUCCAAGCGCUUUGCGACGAGAUCAAAACGAUCCAUCUCGAGGAUCUUCUGCCGACUGUCGUGGAGGUACCCGUCGUCGUGACGCCAGUGGUGACCAGCGUUGCUGUUGACGUGGCGCCGCCACCCGCGGCUGCCCCCGUACCCGACGCCAAGCUCGUGCCUCGGACCCUCAUGGCGCGGCCGAGCGUUGCCGAGCGACCCAUGACACCGCCGCCCAUCGAGUACGCGCCACCGAGCAUGCGCGAUGGCCACACUCAAGUGUCGGAACGCGACUGGAUGGAGCCCACAGCGAUCGAGGCCCCACCGCAUACAACGCUACCGCAUUACGUUCUUGAAGGCGCGUCCGUCAUGCCUUUGGUGGCACCGGAAGACGAGCUCCUGGCAAGCGUCGGGCGCCGCUUCGGCGCAGAGAUGCCGGCGCUGUGCCUCAAUCAAGUGCAACAACCAACACUCGGGCUCUCGAAACACCGAGUCCACGAGCUCGUGCAUGGCUACGCGACGACGCUCGCCGAUAUCAAGGCACGCAUCAAUUGGAACAAGUGGCAGUGCGUGCUCAAGUGCUUGGGGCUCAAGCGCAUGGAAGACGUGCUCUCGCUCGAGAUGCACACGUCCCAUAGCGUCGAGCACGCGCUGGUGCAGCUCCGGAAGCGCUCGGUUAGCAAGCGCGCGGGCUUCUCCGACACGCACCGCGCUCUUCGCUGCGAACAGAAACGUGCUUGGAACGCCUGCAUGGACACGCUUGUGACGUACUCGACUGCAACGGAAGGGGUUCGCGACGGCCUUGAGACACCGCAAAGCAGCGCCAUCCAGGACACGGAACGGCGGCCCCCCACGGCGAUGCUACAAGUGGUCAUUCGUCCACCCACGCUCGAUCGACCAGCGACCGAGACUACGGUGACCCCGCGCGGCGUGCCCUCCCGAGCUCGCAAACUUCAAGUGCAAUUGGAGAAUGUUGUGCGCGGCGUCCCGAGCCAAUCACCGUUCAUGCGACGAAAGGCGCUCGAGUCGAUUGAGCGCAGCAUGCUGCAACGGCGUCAAGUGUUUGCCGAAACCAAUGCAAGCGUCGACCAGACACUACGCCACACACGACCUCCAUUCGCACGCACUUAA